AUGUCGCUGACCUGCGAAUCAAAUAACUCGUCUGACUUCUUUUUGAAUCUGCGUGAUAUCAAUGACUCUACACACGUGUAAAAUAUGUACCAAAAUAAAUUUAAUUAAUUACUAGCCGUCUUUGCCAAUGAGAUUUAAUCGUAGUACAAAAAUCCAAAUCUCCCAGGAAGUUUUUCGCAAAAUUUGACACGUACUUCUUCUAUACCUAUUCAGCCUAUGACUGCCUCAGUGGCGUUGUUGUAAUGCGUACGCUAUACCAGUAAGACUGUGCCGGUGAGAUCCUGGGUUUGAAAGUUCCUGAAAGAAUUUUUCCAUUUAAAAAUUACGCAGUCGCAGCUCGAGGUCAAGGAAGUUGGCGGUGUGAUACCUCCGUGACUCGGAAAUCACGUAAAGGCAUUGGUCCUGCGCCUGAUCUCUCUCUGGUCAUGUCAGAUUGCCACGUCACCGGACUAUGAGAGUGAAGGAACGGAGAGCGCACCUAUGCAUUGCGCCACACUUGUGCACUAUAAUAUCUUCUGCAUACUUAGCUGGUAUCCUUUAAGAUUGGCCACCAUGACCGAAAUUCGGCAGGGAGGGAUUUAUUCAUUCAGUUUUUAAUUUAACUGUGUUUGGUCUGUUAUGCCGCAAUGUUAGAAUUUUAAUAAAGUAGAUCAGAAUAUUGUCUAGAAAUCAAUAACUUGGUUAGUGAUUCAAAUUAGAUUUAAGUUUUAUAGUACCUUAUUACAGUCAUUAGUUACAUAUAUCCCACGACAAAAACGAGUAUCGCUAUUGCAUCUAAGCCUCGCCUUUAAACAAAUUCUUGUUCAAAGAUCCGGAGGAGAUUUCCAUUACUAAUUCUGUUUCAUUUCCAUCACUAAAUCUUCAGAAUCAUAAAGAAUCUUACAAAACAUUAUUAUCAAUUCUAAAAUCAUUAAAAUUAGCUAUUAAAGUGUCAUUGGCUUUAAAAAAGGUUGGGAAGGAUAAUAUUGGAUAAAAAAAUAAAUAAUAUUGUUAUAAAAGGUAAAUACUUAAGAACCACGCAAGGAAAAUAUUUUGCAUUGUGCCAAAUUUUGUUUCUGCGUAAAGACAAUUUGCCAUUUGCCCCCAAAAUGUAUUUGAAUAUUUUAUUCCUUGCUCUUGUCUGCGGUGUAACAAAUGUUCUAUGUAAAGGUCAGCUCAAAAUUCCUUGUGCAUUAGACGACUCCAGAUGCACCACGUCAGCUACAAGACCAUUAUACAAGAGUAUCGUCGACGGUAUCCCUGAAAUCGAAGUUCCAACCUCGGAGCCACUUCAUCAAAAUGUGAUCUAUGGGUUCGUGCAUGACAUGAACUACACCCUCACCGACGCCUACUUGUAUGGAAUAAAGAAUUGCACUAUCCAGGACCACAAAAUAAAUGUACAGCAUUUAACAUGGAACGUCACUCUACACUGUCCAUUUUUGGUUAUGAAAGGAAUUUAUGAAGUAAAAGGCAUAAUCGGCGGAAAUUACAUAGAAGGAAAAGGCCCCUGUGAAAUCACCCACAAUCAAUAUCACAUUGGCAUGCGCGGCGGAUUACGUUUCUAUGAAGGUGUUGAUAACAAGGCACACAUGGUAAUCACUUAUUUUGACUUUGACCGCCUCGAAGUCCUAGGAAACAUUAAAUACAAUCUGUCUAAUUUAUAUUACGGUGAUAACACGAAAUGUAAGUAUCAACCCUCACGUUCGAAUUGUGUUUAA